AUGAAAAAGGAUCACAUUUAUAAAAUCAAUCUAGUACUGGACAAGGAAACCCUUGACAUAGCACAAGCAGAGUGUGGGUGUCCUGCAGGAAAGGGACCACAUGCUAGCCACAAACACAUAGCUGCUUUGUGUUAUGCACUUGAGGAAUUCAGUCGUUUUGGAAAACUACCAGACUUUUUGACUUCAACAGAGAGACUGCAACAAUGGAAUAAACCACGGCCUAAGAAAUUGGAAAUAAUGCCAGUUGCAGAAUUGACAUCAAGAAAAAGUGAUAUUCUUCAAAGGAAUAAAAAGAGCAACAUGAAUGGGAGUUAUGAUCCUCACCUCCAGAAUACCGAACUCUUGAAAGGAUGGCUAGGUGCAUCUCCAGAUGGCAAAAUUAAAGAUUUGACAUCUCAGCAGUCAAAUGGUGUGAUUGAAGUUAAGUGUCCUUAUACUAAACGUGAUUGCACACCAGAGGUGGCAUGCA